AUGAAUCCGUCAGCUCUAGGCCCUCCUGCGCAGGGCCCCACAUUUGUCGCACCUCCCAGAGGUUGUUAUCCUGCCCACCAGGUCCGAGCUUUCGACGACGCUGCUCCAGACCCGUUCCACGAGCCUCCAAGGACUACCUCUGCACAGCCAGUGCCACUUGAAGGUGCCAAGCAGUGCCAAGAUCCAUAUCUCAUGGAUGUUGAGCCACGUUCAAGUCCUUCCACUAAGCCAGGAACGGCCUCAGCGCCAGUGCCAAGGCAAGUCUUGAGUCUUCCUCCCGGAACUCCAAGUCUCGCUUACCCACCCUCCGCUGACUUGGCCCCAUUACCCAUGCCGCCAGUCAAGGAAGAGCUAAUACCAAUAGGAAUCCUCCAGGACACCCAUGACCAUAGUGGACACUCCACCAAUGGUGCGGCCUCGCAGACCACUCCAGAGUCGGUCCUCCCAAUGGGUAAGCCCAUACCGAAUGCCAUUACUUCAUCCAAUCCCCCUCCAUCAGCUGCUAACCGGUCCCGGAGUAAUGACUGCCAAAUCCUGUUUGGCCGAAGAACUCAGGGAACCGAGCCAUGCAGCAUUAGGACGGGGACGAGUGCCAAGGCCCCAGUUCUCGCAGCAGCUGGAGCCGAUGCCCCUGUGGAAUCUUCAAAGGGCUUGAAUCAUUCAAGGCCCUCAAUGGCAUCGUCAAACCGACCUUAG